AUGCGGAUCGGCGCGCUGUACCAGCACUGUUUCGAGACGCGCCCGUGGGCGACGUUGAUCGUCACCAACGGCACGCUCACAGUGGUUGCCGACGCUCUGGCACAGACGUUCGACCGCGAGCAGGAAAAGAAGAAGGCGGAGAAGCAGCUUAUCAAGUCCGAGCCGCAGCCCGUGUCGUGGGACUGGCACCGCUCCGCGCGCUUCCUCGCGUUCGGCAGCGGUGUCGCGCCUGCACUUGCGGAGUGGAACAAGUUUCUGGAGCACAACUUCCACAUCCGCUCGGCCACUGGGCGCAUGCUCUGGGGUGGCCUCGCGCGCCGCGUGCUCACCGACCAGCUCCUCUUCGCGCCUCUCUCGCUGGCCGUGUUUGUCGGGUCGAUGGGCUAUAUGGAAGGUCGCCGUACCUGGUCGGCGAUCGAGGAAAAAUACAAGGACGUCUAUUGGCCGGCCCUCAGGGCCAACUGGUCCGUCUGGCCGAUGCUCCAAAUGUUCAACUUCGGUGUGCUACCUCUACGCCUGCGCGUACCUUUUUCGGCUACGUGCGGUGUCGCCUGGACGCUGUACCUGUCGCUACUCAACCAAAAGGAUACGUAG